AUGCCUCCAAGAGAAACUCAUGCUUUGGGUGUGGUGCAUUUUGAUGUAUGUGGUUCAUUUGAGGUACAUUCACUUGGAGGGAAUAAGUACUUUGUGUCAUUUGUGGAUGAUUUCACAAGAAUGACAUGGGUAUCACUCAUUAAUUUCAAACAUGAGGUAUUUGUUGAGUUUCAUAAGUUCAAAAUGAAGGCUGAAAAUCAAAUUGGACAAAGGUUGAAUAUCUUCAGAACUGAUGGUGGAGAUAAGUUCAACUCAACAGAGUUCAAGGAGUUCUAUGAGAACAUGGAGAAGAAUAUACCAAAGCAAUUGUGCAUUGAAGGAAUUACUACUUUAGUAUAUGUGCUUAACAUAUGUCCAACAAAGAAGUUAAAUGAAGUAGUUCCUAUUGAUAAGUGGACUGAAAGAAAGCAAAGUGUAAGCCAUUUUAAGGUAUUUGGUUCUGUAUGUUAUAAACAUAUACCAGAUGCUACUAGAAGGAAAUUGGAUGACAGAAGCAAGGUCAUGAGAUUCUCUAAAGGUGAUUAUGACUCUGAAGGAGAGUCUGAAUACAAAGACAACUCUGACUCUAAAGGCGAGUUUGACUUUAAAGGUGAGACUGGCCCCGAAGGUAACUUUGAUGGUGGAUCUAACUAUGAAGGUGGUCCCUCCUCUAAAGGUGGAACUUCUGAAGAUGGAACUUCUGAAGGUGGCCUUGCUUAUGAAGGUGAUUUGAACCUUGAAGUUGAGAGUUUAGACAAUGAACAAAUAAAUAGGAUUAUUGAAGAGCAAAAUAUUUUGGUUGAAAAUAAUGAAAAUGAAGAUGAUGAUGAAGCUGAAAUUUUUGAUGAAGGUUAUAAUAAUGAAAAUGAACACAUCCCUAUUUUUGUUGAUGAACAACCUAACAAGUCUAUUAUAUUGGACAUUUAUGAUCCAAGAACAUGGAAUGACCUUAACAAUGACUUAAGAGAUGAAUUACUAAGAAACAAUCCUAAAAGAGAUGUGUCAAUUGUGAAUGGUCCUAAAGAUACUUCUGUUAGGCAUUUCUCAUCAUCAUGUUAUAUUUGUUAUUGUUCUAAUGGAGAAGAGUAA